AUGGCUGCGUUUAUCUAUCGCCGUUUAAUCACUUCAACUUUGUUAAAAUUCAGCAAUAAAGCUGGCCUGCAGCAACGAGUUUUCCCACGUAGAACUGCAACUACCGAAGAAGAACGGAAGAUUGUAUCAGCUUACAAACAAAGUGUAAGUGGCAGGCCGAAUUCACAGACUAGUGAGGCUACAGGUGCCGCUGCCGACACUGAUCCUUCAUUUGAUAUAUCAUUUGCCAAUUAUGGUUUAUUGAGACUGGCUCUAGCAAUGGUGAUCUUCAGUGUAAUAUUUCACUGGCUCAGCUUGCCUGAGGAACGAAAGCAGAAGCUGGAACAAAAGAAAAAAGCAUCUCGAAAUGAAGAAGCCUUAACAAAAGAUGGAGAGACAACACGAGUAAUUUUAGAAGAUCUCGAAAAACAAUUAGAGGAAAAUUCGGAGAAAGAACAAACAAAGUUUUAUUAA